AUGUGGAGAUUUUUAUUAUUUCUUGGAUACUGCUUAUGCUAUGAAAUUUAUAUAGUCCCACAUUCGCAUUGUGAUCCAGGAUGACUCAAGACUGUUCAGGAGUACUAUCAAGAGGACGUUAAGCAUAUAUUAAACAACAUUGUGUCCAUUUUGCAAAAAGAUGCAAAGAGGAAAAUAGUUUGGUCUGAGACUGUUUUCUUGAAAAUGUGGAUGCGAGAGCAGUCAGAGGAAACUAACUCCCCCCUUCGUGAGUGUGCAAACCAUUGGAAAAAUCUCUAUUUUUUGCCCAAAAACCUACCCUCCGCGAGUGAAACAAAAAUUUUUUAAUAGAAAAAAAUUUUUAUGAAAAAAAAAUUGAUAUAUAUAUAUAGUGAUGGUUAGAAUAACGAAAUCUCUAGCUAAUUCUGUUUAAUUUUAAACAAAUUGCGCGUUUAAAAAAUAAAUUUAUUUUUUAUAAAUUAAAUUAAUAUUUGUUUCAAAUUUCGAAAAAAAUUUUUUUCAAUUUUUUAAAAAAAAAAAUUUAACUCCCUCUGUGAGUGAACAAAAUUUUUUUGUUUCACUCACGGACGGGGAGGAGUAAGAAUACAUUCAAAAAUCUACUUAAUAAUGGGCAAAUAGAAAUCGUGGGUGGCGGAUACGUUCAAAAUGACGAAGCCAACCCUGAUUUCGAAAUGGUCAUAAGACAAUUAGAAACAGGCCAUCAAUUUUUAAAAGAAAAUUUCAAUAUAACCCGAGUAAAAGUCGCCUGACAAAUUGAUCCAUUUGGCCACUCAGCGUUAACCCCAAGCAUUUUAGCAAAAUUUGGUUAUGAAAAUCUAGUGACUAGCAGGAUGAAUAUUAACUUUAGAAACCAACUCAUAAGGGAAGGAAAUCUUGAAUUUAUAUGGGAAGGGGUCAACUUUGGAGAUCACGAGUCUAUUUUUGUGCAUAAUUUAUAUGAGCAUUAUGAUUUCCCUGAAAUGUUCAACCAAUGAAAAAGUGAGUGUUUCGGGGCAUCAAAUAUCCUUACUGACACUUUAAUUAAAUGGUAAAAAUUAUUUAGCGCUGAUAGACUUAGAUUGAUGAUUGAGGAAAGACAGAUUGCUUAUAAGCAUGAUAAAAUCAUGAUUUUGUAUGGGGAUGAUUUUUAUUAUAGCAGGCAGCCAGAAGCGGAACUGAAAUUUGAGCAUAUGGAGGCACUUAGAGAUUAUAUAGCUAAAUCAAGCAAAUACCAAGAUUUGACUAUUAAAAUAGCGACACCUAGUGAAUACUUUGAGGCAAUUAAAAAUACAGAGUUUUCGGUAUACAAAGGAGAUUUAUUUCAGUAUGUAAACUUAAGGCCGAGCUCAGGUGGAGUGAGUUGGACUGGGCAUCUGGAUCAUGCAAUUUGAACAGGCUUUUAUACCACGCGGCCAUUAUUGAAACAAAAUAUUUAUUAUGCUCAAAAAAUAGUUAGAGCUGCAGAAAUAGUCCAGGCUAUGAGUUUGCAGAAACAAUUUUCUUCUUCAGAUGUAAGCCUUAUGCUACAUCACGAUGCAAUAACAGGAACAUGUAGGCCACAGGUUUAUGAAGAUUACAAAUUUCGCCUAGAAGAAGUAGUAAAAACCUCAGUAAAAGCAAUAAAUGAGGCUAUAAAAUCAAAGUUUUCUGAGUCAGAAGCCAAAUUUUCAUUGACGUUGCCAUAUAAAGUAGUGAUAGUGCACAAUCCGUUAAAUUGGGAAAUUUUGAAGCUUUUAAGUUUUACUUUAAAAAGUAGAAAUUUUUUAGAGAUAAAAAAUUGGAAAGGAGAAAACAUCUCUUCACAAUCUGUAAAAAAUCUGUUAGAUAAUGAGCAAAAAACCGUUUAUAUCAAGAUAGAGCUGCCUCCUCUUUCCUUUGUCACUUUAUUUAUCAAUGAGCACACAGAGAAGUGUGAGUAUUGUGAUAAGGAGUCAGAGAUAUCAGAAAAUGAGAGAAAAAUCAGUGACAAAAACUUCAAUAUUUUAUUCAACGACUUUGGAAUGAUUGAAAAGGUAGCAAAAUCAAGUGCAACAUAUGAUUUAAGACAAACAUUUUGGACUUAUUCAGGCAUAGAUGCUGGAGCUUAUCUUUUUAGUCCUAACAGCAAAGGAAAUAGCAUCGCUGACUUAAAAUUAGAUAAAAUUUAUGUAUCAAAGGGUCAAUUGCUUGAGAUGGUUGAAGUACUAUGGAGAAGGAGCAAAAAAUUUUAUGACCAAGAUUUUUAUUAUCAAAGAAUUAUUCUAUAUGGAGGAAAAAGGUUCACAAUGGAGUUUGGUGUAUAUGCUUAUACAAAUGAAGAAAUCUUGAUGAGAUUUUCAAGCAACGAUAUCACAAGGGAAAAAUGAUUUCUAACUUCAAACUCAGGCGAUCUUAGAGAAAGAAGGUUCUAUCCAACAACUCCUAGAGGAAAAGGGGCAAACAUGUAUCCAAUUCCUGGCGGUUUUGCAGUUGAUUUAGGAAGUAGCUUUUUACAAGUUUUCCCCAAGUUUUCUAUAGGAGUUGGGAUGGCUGAUAAGAACUCUUUUGAGCUUCUUCUUCAUAGAAACUUAGAAAGAGAUGACAGUUUUGGGCUUUCAAUGGGGGUAAAUGAUAAUACCUUUGUUAAUUAUCAUUUUGAAAUUGACAUAAGCCAACUAACACAUAAAGGCUAUUGAAAGAACUAUUUGGAAGCCAGAGCAGAUGUAUAUCAGUUCCCGCUGAUGAACCUCCAUGAUUUUACCAUUUCUGAUCAAAUUUGGUCUAAAGGAAUAGAAAUUAGCCAAAACUGGAAUAGGGAAACACUUUAUGUACUAGGAUUUAACCACUCAAAUAUUUAUCUUUCAAGCGCUGUAAUUAAAGAAAACGGUCUUUUUAUGAGAGUUCUAAACCUAAAAGAUGCCACACAAAGGCUUAGUGUUUCAGGCUUUAGAUUCCAUGAUAAAACUCUGUUUAAUGGGCUUUCAAAGUAUAAAAGUUACCGAUAUCCUUUGAUAGAUAAAAACGAGCUCUUGUUUUAUGAAAAAUCAGACACAGGAAAGCCAAAAUAUUUACCACCGUCCGAUAGAAAUUCUUCUGGGAAAGUGCUUCUUGAGCCUUUUGAGUUGUCGACUUUCAAGGUCGAGAUUGCUCCGAAUGAAGUAGCUGAAGAAGAGGAUUUAAUUUAUGAUAUUGAAUUUCCAACGUUUCUGGAAAGCAUUAAUAUAACAGAGCAAAAUCCAGAGAGCACAGAUUGGCUAAUUUAUAUAGUGGUGGUCUUGUCUUCACUCAUGUUUGCUGUUGGAAUUUGGUUGCAUUUCAAGAUGAAUAAAUCAAAAAGCAUAGUUAAUAUGAAUUAG